UUUUAUUUAUUUUUACAAGAAAAAUGGCUUCUGCAAAUAUUGACCAAGAAAUAGUUCGUGAAUCGUUAGAAUGCCCAAUCUGUAAGGACUUCUUUUCUGAGCCUAAACAGCUUCUUUGUGGACAUACUUUCUGUCAGGGAUGUAUUGAUGGAUUGGAAAAAGUUAUUUCGUCAUUUGGAAAUGACUCGGAAUUUGGAUUUUUGCAUACAAUUUAUACUCGUUCUGCUGAAGCACGUCGCUGUAUAAAUCAACGCUUGAAUGAGGGUCAAAGAUAUUCCAUUAUGUGUCCAAACUGCCGCAAGAUGUCUCUUAUUCCAGAGAAUGGAUUGAAUACUAAUUAUGUUGUUAAAGAAAUGGUUGAGAAAUUUCGUUUCAUUUCGUUUACCAACAGUGGAUUCAAUGGGAAUGACUCAUCGGCUGAUUCUGGGGAGAAGAAUACAUGUUCUGGAUGUUCUCGUCCAACACCUACAAAUGAAUUGUUUUUUUGCAAAGGGUGUGCUUCUGUUACGAAUAAGAAGGUUUUGAAUUUUCGUAGUAAUUGGAGAGUUGGUUUUGAUGGACUCCAAGUCCAUCCAAAAGUUUAUAGCCUUGGAGCCAUACAACUUUUGGGGUUAGAGCCAAAAAAGGAAAGAAUUUGCAAUAGUAAACCGACCUCAUUCUACACAAUGGCGUGUGUUCUAUUCCAAAAUCAUUUUCUUUCUUAAAUUUUUUCACUUUCCCCAUUUCAGAGAGGCUAUAGCCCUAGAAGCCCUCCUCCCCUGGCUACACCCUUGCCGUUUUCUCUU